UCCUCAAAUUGACCUCCUAAUGAGAUCUUAUUUAUAGGUACGUGCAAAGAAACUCUUCUUUUAGCUAUGUAACAUAAUACGCAAUAAAUACUCAAAUAGACAAAUGGUAAAAAUAAGAUGGCCAACGAAAUAGCGUCUAUACACCAUAUAAUUGCAUGUAUAGGAUUUUUUUAUAUAUCUAUAGAGGAUCUAUGGAGGAUCUGUAUUCUCUGUCUAUCGAUUCUUUUUAUAACUAACAAAGCAUAGCUAAUAAAGAAUCAAAUUUCUCUUUCAAUGAAUUGUAAACAUAUCAACGCUGUUUGUAAGGAUUUUGGGAAGGAAAGAGAAAUAAAAGGAGAGAAAGCAUAUUUGAGAGAGAAAGAUUUGCAUAUUGAUUCAGAUCCCAUAACGUGUGAUACCGCCAUUAUCAAACGUUUGUUUCUUAUGUGUAUCAUACGAUUAAAAAUAAUCGAUAUUGUUGACGAUGUAUUGCUUAAAUGCUAUACAUAUACUUGGUACAUUAUUUGCGAAAACUAUCAGAGAAAUUUGUCAUAAAAUUAUACUAAGCGCCGGCAUAAAAAUUGAUGAAAGUUAGGAUGAAAAGGGGCGUAACGAUGAAUUGCGAGGCAUCCGAUAAAGUAAUGUAAAUAUCAUUUUACUUGUGAAGCGAGAAAGGGAGAAAUAUCGACGAACCGAUUAUGUAAAAAUUUAACGAUGGAACAAGAAGACACAUUUAGGGGAAGAAAAGGGUAGAAUCGUGAUCUCACGUUACCCGAUUGGUUGGCUGAUCUCCCACAUCGUCCCCUCCUUAUUAUGAGCCAGCGCCUCAGGUGAGAUCUAUGGCUUGACACGCGUACACGGCACAGGUGCGUUCACAGUGUGGUUGUGCACCCACUGUCAUGCGCCAGCGGGGAUAGAAUCUCUUCUCUUACAGGCGUAAGAAGAAAAAGAAAGUGGUGAGAGCAGGAAGGGUGAGCGAAUCAAGGGAACAACUCGAGAGAGAGAUUUAGCGAGUGGAAGAAAGAGGAAAACCUUGUUCGGCAAGAUUCCAAAGGGCGAAUCAAGUGGUGGGUGCGACCCCGUCGUGUAUUCUCAUCCCCCGCACGCAUAUAGAUACACGUAUAUAACACAGCCGAAGCGGAGUCCUCUCGGGGCGAGGAACCUUGCACGAACCGUCUUCCCUGAGGAAUUACAAACCUCUUGGUGGUGCACAGGUGCUAGCAAACAAGCAAGCGAGUAGGUGAUUCUCACAGGGUGACGAUAUACCCUCUUCGUUUGCAUUUGUGAGGAAGAACAUAAAGUUUUUGGGAAAAAAGAGAUCCUGGUGAGAAAAGGGAAAUUCAGAAGUACACGCACAGGAACUCAUCUAGCAGUAAAAGGAACGGAGAAAGUCGCGUCGAGCACCCGUCGAGCAUCCACAAAGAGAGUAUGGUACGGAAAUUCUGCAACGGUGCGGUUGCACUUGGCAUCGCCCUGACGGCCUGCGCCGCUUUUCCGCGCGCCGUUAUGGCGAUCGACCUCAGCCGCUUCUACGGCCACAUCAACACGAAACGCUCGGAUGCUUGCCACCCGUACGAACCAUUCAAGUGCCCGGGCGACGGUAUUUGCAUUUCGAUACAGUAUUUGUGUGACGGCGCACCCGAUUGUCAGGACGGAUACGACGAGGACUCGAGAUUGUGUACCGCAGCCAAACGACCACCCGUAGAAGAAACCGCGAGUUUUCUGCAGUCUUUGCUGGCAAGCCAUGGUCCCAACUAUUUGGAGAAGCUAUUCGGAAACAAAGCGCGCGAUACGCUGAAACCUCUAGGUGGUGUGGAAAAAGUAGCUAUUGCGCUGUCCGAAUCACAGACAAUCGAGGACUUUGGCGCGGCGCUACACCUGAUGCGUUCAGAUCUCGAGCAUUUGCGCUCAGUUUUCAUGGCAGUGGAGAAUGGCGACUUGGGUAUGCUGAAAUCUAUCGGUAUCAAGGAUUCUGAACUGGGAGAUGUCAAAUUCUUCCUUGAAAAACUCGUUAAAACGGGCUUUCUCGAUUGAACGACAGUCAGUCCCGCCGCCGUUGAUGACGAUGAGUCGCCGUCAUCGUCGUCGCAUCAGCAAACCUUUUGUUUGGUGAAGCCUAAAUCUGAUUCUUUUCGCGAUCACCUCUUCCUUUUAUCACCAGUUCUUGCGCACAAGAUGUAGACCACUUUUCUUUUUUCUUCUAUUUCUCUCGCAAAUCCUCUGCUCUUGCUUCAACGCGACGAACGCGAUUAUCGAGCACCGAGAUAAUCGUCGAGACGAUCUGCGUGACAAACGAUCAGGCAGGUCUUCGUUUCGCAUAUUUUAUAUGAUCAUUAUAUUUGAAUAACUUUAAUCUCGUUACACGCGUAUUGUCAAAAUCUAUUUAGGAAAGAAUGCAAUUAUUAAAGGAUAUGGCUGAUAAUUAAUAUAUCGCAUACGCUUAUGGAGGGUUUAUUAUUGCGAUUUUUUGAGUAGCGUCUAUUGUAAUUUUAUGUAAAUCUACAUGAAAGUGCACUGAAAAAAAGGUUAUUUAUAAUCUGCAAUCUAAUACAGUACAUAUAUAUUUUUUAAAUUUUAAAUCAAAACAUCUCAAAAUACAUAUCAUAAUAUGUAGCCUAUUUUUAUUUUACUUUGUACUUUCUUUCACAUUAUUAAUCCUAAAUCACUCAAAUUUUUGUGAAUGUUUCGACAGAAUUUUUCUAUAACGUUUACUCUCGCUUUUCUCAUUGUUAGUUACGUAUCGAAUGUAAUCUUUCUUCGUGUAAACAAAUAAUGAGCUUUUAGUCGACUUAUUUCUAAAAUAUUGAGCUUCCUCGUGUAUCUACUACGCUAUAACUGCAUAUAUGUGCUGCCGCGGGUCCCGAUUUUAUUCGAGCUUUGUCUUCAAUAUUGCUAGCACAUACGCCGUCUUACAUAAGUGAUGAUCGUUCGCAAUCGGAUGUAAUUGUUCGAAAGUUGUGCAUAGAUAAAUUACUUAAAAUACACACAAACCACGCUAUAUACAGAUUUUCUUACAAUUAUUACUUGUUAGUGCAUUAGAGUAGAAGUUUCUUGUUCAAUUCCAUUUAUUAUCUAAUCUUCUUAAACUUAAUAAGCUGCUUCUCUGAAACAUUUUUGAUGAGAUUGCUAUCUUUAAGUUGCACAGAAGAAACUUUAUAAGAGGAAACUCGCAUAGAAAGUAAUCAGGUUCAGAAAUGACAAAGUGGUUUUUAAUGAAAAUUGCACUUUACGGAAAGAUCGUGCAGAAUUGAAUAUUUAAUAGAAUAUAAUUGCAAUGUUAUGAUAGUUUACUAUAGAUAACUUUAUUUUCUCCGAAAAUUGCACAACUAUCGAAUCUAUUGUUGAAGCUGUGCCUCUCGAUAGCGAAUUGGAGGCGGGGGCAGGGGAGAAGUCGCAUAUAGAGACUUGUAUAUUCUUAUUUUUAUUACUUAUGCGUAAUGUUAUAUAAUUGUAAAAAAAAACUGCACGCAACGAUUAUUAUUCUCGUUAUUCUCUUGAGAUAUCUUUCUAAUGUACUUUUCAACCAAACGAACAAUGCUGUGAAUUUUCUGUUAUAUUAAUUAGAGAAGUAGGAUGUAUUAAGAGAUGAUAGCUUUUAUUCGAUUUUAGAUUAUUACUGCUGGAACAGUAUAUUAAUUUAAGUCGAUGUUCUCUCCUCUAUAUUUUUUAAUUUAGCUUUAUUAUCGCAAAAAUCGCUUCUAUUUGCGAUAAGUUUCGCGACGCAACUCUGCAACAUAUCGAGUAUACAAAAAGAAAUAAAAAUGUAGUAUAGAUAAAUGUCUUACCGAGAAACUCUUCGAUUUAUAUUUUCACCGCAUUUGAUGAAAUCUUUGUCUUGAUCAAGGUGGCAUUGGAGUAUAAUGACGCAAUAGUAUUUAAACGUGCGGUGAAAAUAUUGUCUUUUGAUCUAAGGAUCAGGUGCUCUUGAUUUUUCUCGGUGCAAUCGAACGUAACAUAACAUCACACAGCAAUGUUGAAAUAUGUGUGUUUUAAAGUUGAGAAAAUGGGUACAAAAGAAGAAAUAUGGAGCAUCGCGUCGCGUUCUUUCAGGGUAUGACGCGUAUUUUACUCACUAUAUAGAAGAAAAGCAAGAUAUAUAUUAUAUAUAAUGCUAACGAUUAUUGAUAUUUUCAUUACGGCAACACGAUACAUAUCAGUACACAUAUCAAUAAAAAUUAUAUAUAUAUUAAAAAAUAUAUAUAUUAUAUAAUAAAAUAUAACGAUGUACCGCGCGGUUCUCUCAAGGUAACGCUUCCCGUCGCGCUUUUCUUUUACUUUGAAGAGAGUAAAUUAACACGUAUAUGCAUUACGAGUUAUAAAUUUAUACGUAUAUACAUAAAAUUGUACUUAUUCGUGACAAUCGAGAAAUAGCAGACGGGUGCGAGUCUGACGAGGCUUUUUUUACCUCGAGAGAAUAGCCGUCGAGAUAAUCUACUUAUUAAGCAUAUCUUCUAAUAGAAAAUGAUUGAGACAUAUCUUUUAAUUAAUGUAAUGUAUAAGCGGAUUUAAAGAUAUAUAUAUAUAUAUAUAUAUAUAUAUAUAUAUAUAUAUAUAUAUACUAUAUACACACAUAGCGAAUACAUAUCAACAGGGAAGUCACUUUUAUCAGAUGGUAGAUAAUAUUUUGGUAUAUAAAGAAGAAAAAAGUAUAAUAUUCCCUCCAGAUGUCAAUUACGGUCCAAAGUAGGGCCUGGACCGAGGGCAAAAUCCGAGGGAACUUGUGUUAGCGAACAAUCGGGAUAUCAAACCGAGGGGUCAUGGCGCGCCGCGACACUUUAUCUUUUUCUCUCUCUCUCUCUCUCUCCUCCCCCCCCCUCUCUCUUCUCGUUCUCCGCCUCUCCGCCUCGUGCCUUGACCCUUUGGCCCCAAUUUCGAAUCGUAAGUUAUAAGGUCAAAUCUAUUUCUCCUUCCUGAGGAAAGCAGACCGGAAUUCCGACACAAUGCAACUUCUGAUAUACAUAUAUAUACCAUGUAUAUCAGUAAAUAUAUAUCAUAUUUCAAAGGCGCACGUUAUCCAUUGUCUUGAAAUGAUAAGAGAUUUUCUCUUUUUCUUCUGCUAUUCUUUGUUAUUAUUUAUUUUAUUUGUCUAUUCACGUUUUGUUAUUACAAUUUGAUGGGAUUUAUACAUUCCCUUUCUUAUAAAGAGUAGACAGAGGAUUAUAGAUUUUGAUGAUUUUUUCGAUAUUGAUUGUAAGCGAGAAAAAUUAAUAGAAAUUUAUUCCAUUAAUCUCCAUUGUGGAUAUGUUUCGGGAGAAUAAUUGUUUGGAUUUUUUAACUUCUUUUUAUUCUUAUAUUUAUUAUUAUAAUGAACAUUAAUCUUUAUUAUAACAAUGUUCUCUGUGUUUUUUAUUAUUUGAUUAAUUUAGCCAAAAUAUAUCUAAAAAGAAUAUAUGUCUAGCGAUAUGCAUCUCUUUUCCAGAAAUUAGUUUAUUCAAUCCAACUGACGUUAAAGCGAAUAAUAUGUAUAUAUAAAUUAAUCUCUUUUAUGAUAAAUUAAUUAGAUUUUUUAAUAAUUUUUUUUUAUUAAAAGUAAAACGAUUUUUAAAUGUAUUUAGUCAAAAGAUUAUUCCUAUUAAAGCUUCUUUUGUAUAGACUGCCUUCUUAUCUCAUUUAAAAAAAUAACAUUAUAAUUAAAAUAAUAGUUUGAUCAUUCCAGAAAAAAAUUAUUGAUCGUCCAUAACGGUUCGUUUCGGUUAUCAUUAUAAAUGCUACUUAUUAUAAAUUUUACUAUGCAUUAUCUUAUAUAUCUUUUUAGUAUUAUUAUUCCAACAAAGGGCUUGAAAAAAUAAAUGCAAACAGCUGGAUUAUAAAAAAAAAACAUUUUAUUGCGGAGAGAGAUUAUAACAAGUUAUAUUUCCUAGUUUUGUAUGAGAAUUAUGUAGAACAAUAAUAAUUUAUAUCGGAUAAUGGAAUAUAGUAAUAUAUUUCCAUAAUAUGUUUAUUUAUUAAUUGCACCCCAAAUUUAAAAAUAUACGUAGAUAUUCUAUUCUAUGCUAUAUAUUUGAUCCAAUUUCCAAUUUAACACAUUUUGUGUUUCCUUAUACUUUGCAGUUUAUCAAAACAUUCUCUAUAUACACAGAUUUCAUGCAAAAAAGUAAUUAAUAUAUAAUAUAAAAUAUAAUAAAGCUUGGAAAUUAUAUAAUAUCAAUGGAAAAAAAAUAAUUAUAUGCUGAAACAUUUUUUUCUAUAAAUCUUCGGAAAGUGUACAAAAUCUCUUAUCCAAAUAAUCGGUUAUUAUACGCUAGCACAAUUGCAUGAUUAAUUAAUUGAUUAAUAUAAGGAAGAUAAAUAGUAUUUUUUAGUAGGUAUAUGCGAUUAUACAUACAUAUGUAUACACAUUGUAUACGUUGUUUUUGGUCAUUGGUUAUUAUUCCAUUAAUUUUAUAACUCUUUUAUAAUUGCGUGUGUUGCAUUAUAUGACUAUUAUUUAUUAUAAUAUACAUUACGCUCUCUUAAACGUUAAGUUAAUCAAUAAACUAAAGUGAUAUUAUAUAAGAAACAUGUAUAAUCUUCAACCUUGUCAUUUCAAAUUGAUGGAAUAAAGUGCAUGCGGCGCAUAUCUGCACAUAUAUAUAGUAUGUGUAGAUAUAAGACAUAUAUGUAUAAAAAUGACCACCUUAAUUGUCGAGAUUUAAUCAUGUGAUAAUGUACUAAAAUGUGUCACGCACCGUCGUAUUAUCUAUACAUUAUCUAUAUAUUUACAUAUAUAUAUAUAUAUAUAUGUUUUCGAUUUUCUAGUUGUUCUACUGCCAAAGCGUUUUCUUAUUAUUAUACGGCAAACUGCGACGUUACUAUGUACAUUGUGGUAAUAAGUAAUCAACUUUCCUCCCUUUCUGCUUCUUAAACUUUUUCUGUAAUCUCUUUCUAUUCAUUGAUUACACAGCGUUCUUGGAAAUAAUUCUGUCGCGCGAUAGCAUAAUCAUUAAUAAAUAAAACGAAACAUUUCUUUA